AUGAUGCUGAAUCUUCUACGUGUCGAAGCAUUGAAGAUAGAGGAGAUGAUUAAGCGAAGUUUUAGUGAGAAUGCUACCCAGGCACUUCUCCCUGAACAUGAGAAACAAGUGCAGCUAUCUGAAGCCAGUUUGGAAAAGAUCAAGCGAGAGCCUUGUGCGGUCUGCGAUGUUGAUCUUGCGGCCUGCCACCAGGCGAGCGUUGAAUAUGAACGUCUAACAGUUCAGUUGCAUACAUUGCUCCUGGCUUCUCCUGUUGGCAAACGUAUGUACGCCGCAAAGCAACUUGUUGUAUUUAAAAAGAAUGGAGUCAGGACGGCUGGAGUACUGAUGAAGGAGGGCGUCACAGGUGGACCUAUACCAUCCUUGAAUGUUUUCGAGAUCGGUCCAGUUGAGCCUCGAAGGUUUCCCAGUGAUAUACUUCCGUACAUGCCCGUUUUCAGGGAGAACUUCCACCCGUUGCCAACGUCGCCUGGGAACAUGGUUCUAAAGAGCUGUAAAGUACCAAUCGCCAAUCUUGAGUGUGUGACAGGUACAACGGUGCGGGUUGGAGGCCCAACCUGGUGUCUCAAUAUCCAUAAAGAGGCUUUGAAAGUGGCAGAUAAGGAGUUCUCAAAACUCUGUGCAUCGUGGACAGACAAAGCCUGGGAUGAGCUUGAUUGGGAACGAGUCAAGGAUAUGUCGGUCAGGGAAGUGCUGGAGCAAAGGGCUCAACAGGUUAAGAUUGCGAAGUCCUGUGCAUGCCUUCAAUGUCCACAGUUCCUCAAACAUUUUGAGAUGCAACAUGAUGAAUGGCAGGUGAAGGAAAAUAUCUCGCAGCUGAAACUGCUAAUGUCAGAUCAAAAUCUCCAGCUCCUGCCUGAUUAUGAACAACGAAUCCAAGUGUUAAAAGAUCUGGGCUUCGUCGACGAAGCCAGCCGGGUUCAACUGAAAGGAAAGGUCGCCUGCGAAAUCCACUCAGCGGAUGAACUGGUACUCACCGAGCUGAUACUCGAGAACGUGUUGGCGGAGUACGAGCCAGAGGAAAUCGUAGCCCUCCUGUCCGCCUUUGUCUUCCAGGAGAAGACAGAGAAUGAACCAAACCUGACUCCCCGUCUGGAGGCCGGCAAGGAGGCUAUAAUAGCAAUAUCCGACCGGGUGAACGACCUGCAGAUCAAGCAUCAGGUCGUGCUCUCUUCCGACGAUGCCAACGACUUUGCGAGCAAACCACGGUUCAACCUGAUGGAAGUUGUGUACGAGUGGGCACGAGGGAUGACGUUUAACCGCAUCACGGACCUCACGGACGUGAUGGAGGGCACUAUCGUGCGGGUAAUUAGUCGAUUGGAUGAAACUUGCCGCGAGGUCAAGAACGCUGCCAAGCUGGUUGGAGAUCCAUCCCUGUACAACAAGAUGCAGCUGGCGCAGGAGAUGAUCAAGCGAGAUGUGAUCUUUGCAGCUUCACUCUACCUCUAG